GGCGGGGAACGAAAAAUACCUGACAGCCAGAAAAUAACCAGAGAGAUCUCACCAACCUGUCAUAAGACUGACAUUCCCAGAUUAAAAGAUACUUUUCUCUCCUGCCCUUCUCUUCGAUCUCUUUUGAAGAAGUUUACACCGUUGGAAAAGUUCAUGUAAUCGCCAGUGAAGACAUCUUUGUCCUUUUUUUCUUUCUGCUGAAGCUACCUACUAAUUGGAAACCAUUCACCCCCCCCCAAGCUCAAGCUUGCCAACGAACAAGAAAGCCACUCACAAGAAAACUACUCACACCUUUGCGAUAUUUAUCCAACUCAUACUACCCAUUUAGCCUUACCGGAAACACCCGUGUAUCGCUUGCAUAGCUCCCCAUUAUCUACUUCUUUGACAGCUCCCUCUGAAGAUCUCAAGAGAAUCCAAAGAAGAUCUAUCUCAUCUUAAGAGCCGAACCAUCUGACCUAGCCCAGUUCUAGUUCGAGUUCUAGUUCUAGUUCUACUUGUGCCAUCAGCCGCACGUUGUACCAACGACCUACGGCCAUAAAACGAAAAUACCUACAGCAUGCCUUCUGUAGCUGGCGAGGAGCCCAAGGCUUCUAGCAGAUUGCUUCUAGUAUCGAACAGAUUACCCAUCACGAUUAAACGAACUGAGGAUGGCCAAUAUGAUUUCACUGGUUCCUCGGGCGGAUUGGUAACGGGCUUGAGUGGAUUGGCAAAGACGACUACAUUUCAGUGGUAUGGAUGGCCAGGUUUGGAAGUGCCAGAUGCUGAAGCAAAACCUUUGGUCAAGAGAUUGAAGGAUGAACAUGGUGCCCAUCCAGUUUUCGUCGAUGAUGAAUUGGCCGAUAAGCAUUACAACGGAUUCUCUAAUUCUAUCCUUUGGCCUCUAUUCCAUUACCACCCAGGAGAGAUUACAUUCGACGAGUCACAAUGGAUGGCAUACAAGGAGGUCAACAGAUUGUUCGCAAAAACGAUUGCGAAGGAUGUACAAGAUGGUGAUUUAAUUUGGGUCCACGAUUACCAUCUCAUGCUUCUUCCAGAGAUGUUGCGCGAUGAAAUCGGCACGAGCAAGAAGAAUGUCAAGAUUGGAUUCUUCCUUCAUACACCUUUCCCUUCCAGUGAGAUCUACAGAAUCUUACCGGUUAGAGAAUCUUUGUUGUUGAGUGUCCUUCAUUGCGACUUGAUCGGUUUCCACACAUAUGAUUAUGCUAGACAUUUCCUUAGCAGUUGCUCUAGAAUUUUGGAAACACAAACAACACCUAAUGGUGUCGAAUUCCGUGGUAAAUAUGUCACAGUAGCUGCUUUCCCCAUCGGUAUCGACCCCGAAAAGUUCAUCGAAACUCUCAAAAAGCCAAAAGUCGAAGAGCGCAUUGCUCAAUUAGAGCGCAAAUUCGAAGGUGUUAAACUCAUUGUUGGAGUUGACAGAUUAGAUUAUAUCAAAGGUGUCCCUCAAAAAUUACACGCCCUUGAAGUCUUCCUCACAGAACAUCCCGAGUGGAUUGGCAAGGUAGUCCUUGUCCAAGUCGCUGUUCCUUCUCGUCAAGAUGUCGAAGAAUAUCAAAAUCUUCGCGCUGUCGUCAACGAACUUGUCGGUCGCAUUAACGGUCGCUUUGGUACUGUUGAAUUCAUGCCCAUUCAUUUCCUCCACCAAUCUGUCAAUUUCGAUGAACUCACCGCUCUCUACGCCGUUUCAGACGCCUGUCUCGUAUCCAGUACUCGUGAUGGCAUGAAUCUCGUCUCUUAUGAAUACAUCGCCACACAACGUAAGCGUCACGGUGUAAUGAUCCUCUCUGAGUUCACAGGCGCGGCUCAAUCCCUCAAUGGUGCUCUCAUUGUUAACCCAUGGAAUACGGAAGAACUUGCAGAUGCUAUCCAUGAUGCCGUCACAAUGUCUCCAGAACAAAGAGAAAUCAAUUUCAAGAAAUUGGAGAAAUAUGUAUUCAAAUAUACCAGUUCAUGGUGGGGAGAAAGUUUCGUAAGCGAGUUGCAGAGGAUUAGUGAACACGCGGCGAAAAAAUCAAACAGUAAGGGAACGGUAGACAAGAUGCCAGACUUGGUAGAGGGGGUUCAACAAUUCAAUCUUGGAGAACAAAGAGAGGAGGGGAGAUUGGAACCGGGUGAAUUCGAUGAUUAGAUUUGGGGCUUGGGAUAGAAUGGAAAGGGAGUACUACAAGAGAGGAGAGAGGAAGAUCUUUUGAUGGAACCGGACAUACUUUCCUUGAUAGCAUGGAUGGACGGCGUUAAUAUUUGCUUGCUUAUGAUUGAUGACUUGAUUCAUAUAUCAAAUUGAAUUGGAACAUGCAUGGAUGGAGGAAUGGAUGGAUGGAUGGAUGGGUGCUGGGAAUAUAAGAAAAUGGGAAACAAAUACAUACAUACAUGCUGACAGCAUACAUGUAUGCACACAUGCAUGCAAGCAUAGAUAGAUAAAUGGAAGAAAAACAUGAGAGGAAUGAAAAGAAAAGAGAUCAUAAUCAUCAUUAGAACUGCAGAAUCGAAAUCUACACAUCGAAAUCCACACA